CCCAGGCGCUGAGGGGGCACCAUGGGGGUGCAGGACCGGCCUCAGUGCUUCUUCGACAUCGAGAUCAACCGGGAGCCAGUUGGUCGAAUUAUGUUUCAGCUCUUCUCAGAUAUAUGUCCGAAGACUUGCAAAAAUUUCCUUUGCUUGUGCUCGGGUGAAAAAGGAAUCGGAAAAACAACCGGAAAAAAGCUGUAUUACAAAGGCACCACAUUCCAUCGUGUGGUUAAAAACUUCAUGAUUCAGGGUGGGGACUUCAGUGAAGGUAAUGGAAAAGGAGGUGAAUCUAUUUAUGGUGGCUAUUUUAAAGAUGAAAACUUUAUUCUCAAACAUGACAGAGCGUUCCUUUUGUCAAUGGCAAACCGAGGGAAACAUACCAAUGGUUCCCAAUUUUUCAUAACAACGAAACCUGCUCCUCAUCUCGAUGGUGUACAUGUUGUCUUUGGACUGGUGAUUUCUGGUUUUGAAGUAAUAGAACAAAUAGAAAAUCUGAAAACUGAUACUGCAAGUAGGCCCUAUGCAGAUGUGCGGGUUAUUGACUGUGGGGUGCUUGUAACAAAAUCAGCGAAGGAUGUUUUGGAGAAGAAGAGAAGAGUAUAUUCUGACUCGGAAGCUUCAGACUCCUCCUCCUCCAGUGAAUCAAGUUCCUCAGAAACGUCAUCUGAAAGUGAAGCUGAAAAUGAAAGAAGUAGAAGGAGAAAGCGUAAGAGAAGAGCUAAAGCUAAGCAGUCCAGGAAGCGAAGAAAGGAGGAGAGGAGGAGAGAGGAUGCAAGGUGCAAGCGAGCCCCCAACCAGAGACGCCUCUCUGACAAGAGUGAUGUAAAUGAAAAAGCAGUCGAUGCCACCACGAAGAGGGACAAGCCGGUGGUGCGUCCUGAGGAAAUUCCGCCAGUGCCUGAAAACAGGUUCUUGCUUAGAAGAGAUGUGCCUGUUGUCCAUGCAGAACCCGAACCGAAGCUUCUUGAUGCUGCACCAGUUCUGAGUGACCAGAAACCUUCAGUCUCUAAAUCAGGACGAAAAAUUAAAGGAAGAGGCACAAUACGAUAUCACACCCCACCUCGGUCACGGUCCUGCUCCGAAUCCGAUGAUGAUGAGAGCAGCGAGACACCUCCCCACUGGAAAGAGGAAAUGCAGAGAUUGCGAACGUACAGACCACCUAGUGGAGAGAAGUGGAGUAAAGGCGAUAAGUUGAGUGACCCAUGUACAAGCAGAUGGGAUGAGGGGAGUGCGUCCCGGAGAUCGAGGUCUUGGUCGCAUAAUGGCUAUUCUGAUCUAAAUACUGUGAGGUAUUCUAGUCAUCACAGAAAACACAGGAAAGAGAAAAAGAAAAUGAAGCAUAAAAAGAAAUCUAAAAAGCAAAAGCAUUUCAAGAAGCACAAGCAAACUAAAAAAAAGAAGACGUCACCAUCAGAUGUGGAAUCCUCUCGUUCCUUCCCCAGGAGGACAAAAUCAUCUGGUGCUCGUGAGAGGAAGUCUCGUUCUUCUUCAUUGUCUUCUAGACGCUCAUCUAGAAGAGACUGGUCUAAAUCUGACAAGGAAGAUCAGAGCUCAUCGACCUUGUCAAGCAGAGACAGUCAAUUGUACUACAGAUCCAGGUCAAGGUCCAGAUCUAGAUCUAAAUCAAGAUCUUAUUCCCGAGGAAGCUCUAGAUCAAGAUCAGCCUCUAAGUCAUCACGUUCUCGAAGCAGAUCAAGAUCAAGUUCUACAUCUAGGCAUCAGCAGACAGUUCCCAAUUCGCCACAAAAUAUUUCAGCACGAUUAAAUGAGAAUAAGUUGAACAAGACUGCUGACCCCGUGCGAGCAGUUAUACUACCAAGUGAUAAAGUGGUUGUACCACAAGUUGUCCCAGAAAACCUCCCUGUCAUACCCUUGAGUGACAGCCCGCCACCUUCAAGGUGGAAACCUGGGCAGAAACCGUGGAAACCAUCUUAUGAACGAAUUCAGGAAAUGAAAGCUAAAACAACCCAUCUAAUUACCACACAAACUAAUUAUAACUUAGUAACAACUAAGGAGACAAACGUUCCUUCCUCCUGCCGUAAGCAAGAAAGGAGUUCAGACAGCAAUCGAAGUGCUCCUUCCAAAUACCAUAGCGACAGGAGCUCGGAUAGUUGGCAGAGAUCAAGAAGCAGGUCCUCUGGAAGCAGGUCAUACUCAAGAUCUUACACGAGAUCAAGGAGUCCAUCUAGCUCAAGAACAAAAUCCCCGUCUUCUGGCAGAUCCCCAUCCCUGAGCGGCGACAGAUCGGACUGCAGUGAGUCAACAUCCUACUAUUCCCUAAGCAGUGACGAUAGACACAGAACCAAAAGAAAAUCUGCAUCCAGGGAGCAAAACACUCGGCCCCUUAAAAUAAGGAAAGAAACUAGCUCUGAACGUACUCUGCCUUAUAAAGGUGCUAAACACUGUGAUGAAUCUUCUCAAGGUUUAAGAGAGAGUGACAGUUUAUCAUCCUCAGACUUCUCUACUAAUAGUGGGCCUUCCAUGAAAACAAAAGUAAUCUGGGAAAAAGAAGGCCGUCCUCAAUUAGGAGAUGCUCAGAAACAGAAUAAAAAUAAUUUAAAUUCUGAGAGAGGAGAGGGAAAACUGAAGUGUGAGCAAGCUACUGAUCGCUCAAAAAAGAAAACCGUCAAGGAGAAAUCUUCUGGGCAAUUGAGAGGUGGUGUAAAAAAUAAACGAAAACCCUAUUCAGGUAGUAAAUGGGACUCGGAGUCCAAUUCGGAACGAGGAGAUAUUAGGCAUAACAGAGAUGAUUCCAGACCUUCAUCUGGUAAGGAGGAAGGAGAGGCCUCAUCGGGAUCUGAUACAGAACUUAGUGUUAUCAAAAGGACAAAAACAAAAUCAAAUUACUCGGAAAGUCUUCUGGAUUCUGACUGCACUUGGAAGACGAGCAAACAGCAGUCGUCCUCUUCUGAAUCCGAGAGUUCUCGUUCUAGCUCAAUAAAUACUAAAGGAAAAUCAAAAAAGCACAAACAUGGAUCAAAAAAACCUCUUAAGAAAUCACAUUCCAAAAAAGCAAAAGAUAAAUCGAAAGGGAAAAAAGAGAAGAAGCACAAAGUUCAGAAAAGAAAAGAGAUGUUUCAUUGGCAGCCCCCGCUGGAGUUUGGUGAAGAAGAUGAUGAUGACAUAACUGAAAAGCCAGUUAGCAAGGACGAUAAAAAAGAAAAGCAGCUUAUCAAAGAUGUAAGAGAGAAAAAACAAGACACUCAUCAAAAUGAUGAAGAACUCAAAGAUAUAAUGGGAAAUGGUGAAAAGUCUUGUGUGGAAGAAAGCUUCUUGGGUAAAAACACCGCAAGUGAUACCUCACCAGAGCACAGUAACCUUAAUAAAGUUAGCACUGACCCAAGCUCUUCAACCAGUACAUUAAACUCGGGUGUAAAUGUGACUGCUCUCAAGAAUGAGAUUAAACAUACUGAAGAAAGUAAUCGGAACGGCCUGGAAGAUGUUAUCCAGACAGAUGACAACAUGGAAAUUUGUACUCCAGAUCGUAACUCGCCAGGGAAGAUGGUCGUGGAAGUUUUGUCUCCUGUCAUCCUUGAUACGGAGCGCCAGGAUUUAAGUGUUAGUAUGAGCAAAGAUGGACAGGUUGAGACCCCUGAACCAGAUGCUGUCAAACUAGGAAACAAUAUCUUAGAUUUGAUUAAUAUCAAAGAAGGAAAAGAAGUGGGAAAACAAGACUGUAGUUCUGUCCCAGCGUCUAGUGCUAAAGACAUUAGUACAAAAAGUGAAAUAACUGAAGAUACCCAAAGUAAUGUGGUGGAUAAUAAGUGGAAGCCUUUGCAAGGGAUUGGCAAUUUACAGUCAGCUACUGUUAGUACUGCCACAGAAACUAAGAAUGCAGUUCCAGCUCCAGACACAAAGCCAACAGGUUUAAGAAUAGAAAUAAAAGCCAAGAAUAAAGUAAGGCCUGGAUCUCUGUUUGAUGAAGUUAGAAAAACAGCACGGCUCAAUCGAAGGCCAAGGAACCAAGAAAGUUCCAGUGAAGAAGAGUCUCCGAGCAGAGAUGACAAUAGCCCGUCCCGGAGUCUUAGCAGGUCACGAAGUAAAUCCGAAUCUAAAUCCAGACACAGAACAAGAUCCAGAUCUUACAGCCGCUCGAGGAGUCGAUCACGGAGCUCUACGUACUCAUACAGGUCGAGAAGCUACACAAGGAGCCGAAGCAGAGGAUGGUAUAGUAGAGAUCGGUCAAGAAGUCGAAGUAGCUCUUACCACAGUUAUGUCAGUCGCAGACGAAGCUAUAGCAGAAGUAGAUCCAGAAGUAGUUCUUACGGUCAUCGCAGUCGAUCCAGGUCAUACACUUACGAUAGUUACUACAGCAGAAGUCGAAGUAGAAGCAAGAGGAGUGACAGCUAUCGAAGAUCCAGAAGUUAUGACAGGAGAUCCAGAUCUUAUGGGUCCGACAGUGAAAGCGAUCGCAGUUACUCGAACAACCGAAGUCCCAGUGAAAGCAGCAGAUACAGCUGAGCGUGUUUCUUUGCUGGUGGAAAGUACAUUUAAGAACAUUG